AUGGCUCUAAAACUCGAUAUGAGCAAGACUUAUGAUGGAAUGGAGUGGGGUUAUCUUAGGACGGUGUUAUUACGUAUGGGCUUUGAUGGAAGAUGGGUAAAUCUAAUUAUGCACUGUGUGGAAUCGGUAUCUUAUACUUUUGUCCAUGCUGGUCGUAAAAUGGGUCCAGUUCUUCCUACUCGUGGCAUUCGUCAAGGGGAUCUUAUAUCUCCUCUGCAUCUCUUCAUUCUUUGUGCUGAGGAUUUUUUUGCCCUUUUGAAGAAAUAUGAGGUUGAUGGCAAGAUUCAUGGUUGCAAAGUGGCUCGAAGGGCUCCUAUGAUUUCCCAUAUGCUAUUUGAUGAUGAUAGUUAUGUUUUUUGUAGAGCCAAUACUUGGGAAGCUGAUUCUAUUAUGGAGUUACUACAUCUUUAUGAGCUUGCUUCGGGUCAAAUAGUGAAUAUUGAGAAAUCCUCUAUUUUCUUCAGUUCAAAUAUUGAAACUACAAUGAGGAUUCGAUAUGUGGGAAAAAAAAGGAUUUAUGAAGCCGAUGAUAACACAUCCUUUGCGGUACAAAGUGCAUUGGUAAAGUGUAUGAUGUCUGAAAGUACACUGUGGUGUUACCUGCACUUGUACAGGAAGCAAGGGUGGCGAAUUCUUACAAAUGAAUUGUCAUUGAUUGGAAAGGUGUUUAAGGCUCGUUAUUACCCAAAUGGGUUGUUUCUGGAUGCCAAUUUGGGUAAUAGCCCGAGCUUUGUAUGGCGUAGUGUGUAUGAGGCUCAGGCUAUUAUUCGGGUUGGUGCUCGAAAGACUGUGGGUGAUGGCUCCACAGUGUCGAUUCUACAUGAUCCCUGGUUACCUUGCCCUAUAGACCCGUAUGUCCAUUCGAACUACCCUGGUUUGAAAGACAAAAAUGUUCACAGUCUCUUUUGUUUGGACAAACUUGAAAGAAACGACUUAUUUACUGUGAAAAGUGCGUACCGAUUUUUGGAAAAUCUCAAAGGAGAUUGGUUUGAAGAUGAUACUUCAAGUUUUUGGGCUCUAUCGACAAGGAUCAAUCUUCAAGCAUUGGAGGAAGCGGCAAUGGUCGCAUGGGGUAUUUGGAAGGCCUAUAACGAGACUACACCAGUUGCUAAUCAGAUCAAUUUCAAUGUUGACAGGGCUCUGUUUAAUGAUGUUAGCCGUUUUGGGAUGGGUUGCUUGACCUGA